AUGGAAGUGAAAGAGAAGCAGUGUACUGAUCCUAUUCUAUUACAUCGUAAGGAGAAUGUACAACAUGGUAUGACAAAGGCAUUAGAGCUUACACAAGCGGGAGUACUUCAACGUCAAAACAUAUUAUGUGUACCUAAUGUAAAUGAACUAAGAAAUAGGAUCAUGAUGGAAGAAGAUAAUUCAAGAUAUUUUGUUCAUCCGGGGUCAACUAAAUUGUAUCAUGACUUGAAAGAAAUGUAUUGGUUGGGUGACAUGAAGAAGAACAUUACAAAAUUUGUGGUUCAAUGUCCAAAUUGUCAACAAGUAAAAGUAGAGCACCAAAAGCCCGGAGGUUAUAUGCAGAGUAUAGAACUUCCAAUUUUGAAAUGGGACGUGUUCAACAUGGAUUUUGUAACUGGUUUGCCUCGUUCAUUUCGGAAGUUUGAUUACAUACAGCUUGAGCUCGCCAAGUGCACUAGGCGACUCACCAAGCGCACCCUUUGCUCACCCUUUGUUCCAGUGACUCACUCAAAGGCUGGUCAUUGGGCUAUGGAGGGGGAGAAGGGCGACACCCUAACCAGCAUGGCGAGCUCCUCUUUAGAUCGACCUUUGGUCCAGUAG